AUGACACUAGUGCAGACCUCUGCGUAGUUUGAUCUGUCGACCUAACGAGCUACAUGUAUUUGGGUCAGAGAAGACAUUGUUUUCCUGUACCUUUAAGAGUGGGGCGCAGUGUGCAGGACUUACACUGGGUACGUAAUUCAAACACUUGGCUCCUCCUAAUUUUACGGUUUCGUUUCCUGGAGGUCGAGCCUGUCGUGUUGUUGACAAAAAAACGUAACAAAUAUAGUUUUUUACUGGGCAAAAUGGGUCAGUCGUUGCCAACCCCGGACUGCGAGCCCUCGGUGUGUCCUUUGUGCCACGGUAUAUGUCGGAAUCCGACCGCGCUGAGAUGCAAACAUAUUUUCUGCUACUGCUGUAUACAGGAGUUAUGGAGUGGUUCGCCCACCGGUCCAUACUACUGCCCCGAGUGCAAGGAGGAGUACAAGACUUUGCCGGUGGGGUUCAAGAGAGACACUACCGCAAGUCCGUGGCGACAUGACGCGCCUGCACAUACACGCACCACCUCAGCCACAGGCAGAGCCAAUGAAGAGGAUGUCAUUGAGAUAAAUUCGGCGGGCUGGACCCUUGGGAAGAGAGCCUCCAUCUCUCAAUCCAAGCGUCUGUUAGGGAAGAGACCAGCCAGUUCUCCUGUCCCAGGAGGCCAUCUUCACGACAACAAGAGACAAGCCACUGGCAGCUCCUCUUCCUCCCACUCCAGGGGACAGUCUGGUGACCGUAAGAGACCCGCCACUUCCUCUUCCUCCUCUUCAGCCAAUCAGAACACGUCGUCUGACGUCGAGUUGUCCAGUGAGGAGGAGGUGCCAGCAGCACCAUUCUCCUUAGCAACCAAACCGUCUAGUACUGCGUCCGUCGCCGUCAGAGGUCCGGACCUGACACGUGAUAGGUCUAGGUCCCCUAGGAGAGACCCACCCAUUGAGCUGGACGAACCCCCUGCUGCAACAGAACCUCUUACAAGAGAACCCCUGAAUGACCCUAGAAAAUCACCUGAAGCAGCAGCAGGUCACAUGACCAACACAUCGCCAAGAAGAAUCACCACCGUUGAACUGGACCCACCGCCACCCCCUGCGAGAGAUCCGUACACACCCGCCAAGAAUCCUGCUGAAACCACCCAAACAACCCAUUUACGUUUAGUCACCCCUACGAAGGAGAAGCCUGUUGAAGCUGAGCGGGAGCCUCUUCCAGAGAUCUCCAACAGAUCUGGUCCAAUCGGCACCUCCACCUCUCCUACCCGUGCUGCCAACAACCUGUCCCCUGGACGUACCAACCUGUCCCCCAGCCUGGCUCGUCAAACCUUCCUACCCUGCCACUAUUGCCCCAGCCAGGGCUCUCUCCCUGCGGUGAAGACCUGCCUAGUGUGUGGAGCCUCCAUGUGCUCCGAACACCUCCGGCCUCACCUGGAGUCCCCUGUCUUCCAGAGCCACACCCUGGUACCCCCUGUGGAGGACACCUCACCCUGGAGGUGCCCGGAACACCAGGAGAUGAACCGAAUCUACUGCCGUCAGUGUAGCGUGUGUGUCUGUACCGUGUGUACCGUGAUCGGGUCGCACCGGGACCACGCUUGCGUCAGCAUCAGAGAGGCCGAGAGGGAGCUGAGGGGGAACCUGAAACAGGAGAUGAAGAAGAUGCAGGAAACAGAACAGUCUUUAAUCAGCAGAGUGACUGAGAUGACAGAGAAGAAACAGAGAUUCCAGGUGUUGCUAGGUGACGCUCGUGCGGGCGUGCAGCAGCAGUACGAGACCAUGCGUGAGGCCCUGCAGCAGGAGGAGGACACGGCCCUGCUGUGUGUGACUCGGGAGGAGAGCAGGGCGGUGGGGGGACUGGAGGAACAGCUGACACAGCUACAGGAAACCCUCUCCUCCCUCCAACGGGGUCUUCAUACUCUGGAAGGGCUGGCUGACACCCGGGGCGCCGCACGCGUACAGGAACAGUCCUUCAUCAUGGAGUACAGUAAGAUAACCAAAAGUGUGUCUGAGAGCUGUUAUGUGGAGGAGCUGGAGGUUCCACAGGAGGUGGACAGGGCCAGGCUGAGAUGCCUACAACAGUGGACUGAGAGGCGGCUGGUCUCAGUGGUCAUCUCCCUGCCUGACCGGGACCCCUUCAGACUGCUCUAUGGCGCCAGCCCCCGUCUGGACCCGGACACAGCCCACCCCAAGCUGCUCAUCUCUGAGGAGAACAGGAAGGUGUCUUACAGCGAGGUCCAGCAGGCCUACCCGGAGCAGGGGGCUCGCUUUAGCUCCUUCCCCCAGGUCCUGGCCUCUAAACCCCUGGAGGGAGGCCGUGCGUACUGGGAGGUGGAGGUGGAGGAAGAUGAGGGCAAAUGGAAGGUGGGAGUCUGUGAGGGUCAGAUCGGCCGUAAGGGCCAGAAAGACACCUGCCGUAUCGGCUUCAACCCCUAUUCUUGGUGCCUGCUGAGUGAGAAGGGGAAAAUAGAAGCCCUGCACGACAAGGUGGCUGUCCCUGUGGAGGUCGACGGACUGGGAAGGGUUGGGGUAUUGCUGGAUUUCGAGGAGGGUAGCCUGUCGUUCUAUAAAGUGGCACCAGGGGGCGCUCUGAGCUUGCUCCAUUGUUUUAAACAGAGGUUCAGUGAACCAUUGUAUCCUGCACUAGCCGUGUCUAAAACCCAGCUCAACAUCCCUGAUCUGUUCCAGGCAGAAUCUGUUAAGUCAGAGUAGUGACACGGGUAAUUCAGUUCUCUAUAAAUCUAUAUAUUUUUUAAAGGCAAUCUGUGAUUUAAACAACAACAAGGGGGUCAAUCCGCCACUAUUUUAUUCUGUAAACCGCUGAUGAGUAAACUGGUAGCCUAGUGGUUAGAGUGGAGGGGCGGCAGGGUAGCCUAGUGGUUAGAGUGGAGGGGCGGCAGGCUAGAGAAGGGAAUUGUUCCAGACAGGUUCAGUAGAAUAGUGCACAGUGGGGAAGAUAAGUUUUCUAUAGAUCAUACAUUUUUUGUGUAAUCAAUAAAACUUUUUUUUUUUUUAAACUUUUUAUAAAUGUUAAUCAAAUAGAGGAUCGCAAAAACAAAUCUCAACGCAGAGAUAAUCUUAAAUAUUCUUAUGUUUCAUUGUUUUCAAAUGUGAUGUAAUGAGAAGCAUCAAUACACUGAGUGGACAAAAUUUUAGGAACACCUGUCCUUUCCAUGACAUAGACUGACAAGGUGAAAGCUAUGAUCCCUUAUUGGUGUCACCUGUUAAAUCCACUUCUAUCAGUGUAGAUGAAGGGGAGGAGACAUGUAGAUGAAGGGGAGGAGACAUGUAGAUGAAGGGGAGGAGACAUGUAGAUGAAGGGGAGGAGACAUGUAGAUGAAGGGGAGGAGACAUGUAGAUGAAGGGGAGGAGACAUGUAGAUGAAGGGGAGGAGACAUGUAGAUGAAGGGGAGGAGAUGGGUUAAAGAAGGAUUUUUAAGCCUUGAGACAUGGAUUGUGUAUGUGUGUCAUUCAGAGGGUGAAUGGGGAAAACUAAAUAAUUAAGUGCUUUUGUAUGGGAUAUGGUAGUAGGUGCCUGACACAACAGUGGGAAGCAUUGGAGUCAACAUGGGCCAGCAUCCAUUUACAUUACAUUUAAGUCAUUUAGCAGACGCUCUUAUCCAGAGCGACUUACAAAUUGGAUCCCUGUGGAACGCCUUCAACACCUUGUAGAGUCCAACGCCCUGUAGAAUUGAGGCUGUUCUGAGGGGGAAAGGGGGGUGGCAACUCAAUAUUAGGAAGGUGUUCUUAAUGUUUUGUAUACUCAGUGUAGAGAUCUCUGUUCAGUAUAAUCUGCAUUGUUUGGGGUUUUAAGUUUGGUUUCUGUACAGCACUUUGAUAUCUGCUGAUGUAAACAAUGUCUUUAUAAAUACAUUUGACUUACCCUUCCAUUUCCUGA